UUUAGCGUACAGGUUAUGUUUACAUGAUUAAGUUUUACUUUAAGCAGUGCUGUAAUGAAAAAGAUUCUGCUGAAUUAAUAUUUCAUAUUUGAAGGAUUAUUGAAAUAUUAAUAUGAAAACAGAAAUCUUGCUGUAAGCAUAAACGAUUAGAGAAUAAUUUGCAGUGACGCAUCCUAUAAUAUCGCAAAACUUAUCAUCUAAAAAGUCAGGUUAUGGCACAAUAUAAAAAUUAAAGUCGGUGAAAAAUGUCAUCGAGAAAUCAAAUAAGACGACGUUCAUCCAGUCGCGAACGUGCGCAUAAAAACGACAAAUAUAGGAAAAAACGUCGCGAUGAUCGUAACAGCGAAGACUGCAGUUCCUUGAAAUCUGUGCGAAAUUCGUCCCCGGAGUAUGGUCGCGAAGAGAGCAACGAAGCUUUUUGUUUCAGCAAGUAUAAGCACGAGUUAAGUAAAAUCUUUACGGCAAAUCCGAAUCUCGUUUACGAUGUCACAGACUUUUGGAAAUUCGUCGAAAAAUAUGAGUCCGUGAGGAAGCAAUUGAACGAUAAUGACGAAUCUGUCGCUGAUUCUGUUUUAAAUUCUAUCGGAGUACCGGAGAACUACCACAAAUCUUAUUGCUUGAAUUUUAAGCUUAACUUAUCUAACGGAGAAUUAUUUGCGCGAGUUCCCGAGACAAAGCAAUUAACAAAAUCGCGAUUACUAAAGUUUAAGGAUGUGGUAGUCCUAUAUUUGGAUUUCAAGCAGAAGGAAAAAUUCAACAAGUUGAAGAAACUCAGGGAUAUGCAAGCUAAUUUACCAGUUGCACAGUAUAAGGAUAAAAUUAUAGAAAUGGUGAAGAGAGAAAAAGUAGUCAUCAUAGCAGGAGACACUGGAUGUGGAAAAUCUACUCAAAUCCCUCAAUAUUUAUACAAAGGUGGUUUUCAGAAAAUAGCAUGUACACAGCCUCGAAGAAUAGCGUGUAUAUCAUUGGCAAAAAGAGUUGCCUUUGAAACAUUGAGUGAAAAUUUUAAUACUGUUGGUUAUCAGAUACGCUUUGAAAAACAAAGAAACCAGCAGACAAAUAUUACAUUCAUAACAGAGGGUUUAUUGUUACGACAGGUAUCGGGUGAAUCAGCAGUAUCUGUAUAUGAUGUAGUAGUCUUGGAUGAAGUGCAUGAGCGUCAUCUACAUGGAGAUUUAUUACUGGGCAUUAUGAAAUGUAUUAUUUAUCAGAAUCCCAAUUUAAAAUUGGUACUAAUGUCUGCCACUAUUAAUAUAGAAUUAUUUAAUAAUUAUUUUGCAAAGGAAGAUGUUAAAACAAUAGAGGUUCCUGGAAGAUUAUAUCCUAUUCAAUUGAUGUAUCGCCCUGUAACGAUAGAAGAUAUGAAAUACAAAAAUGACAGAUUUAAUCCAAGUCCAUAUGUGCAAAUAUUGCAAAUAAUUGAUCAAAAAUAUCCAUCCGAUGAAAAAGGUGAUUUAUUAAUAUUCCUGAGUGGGAUGAAUGAAAUUACCACAGUUGUAGACGCUGCCAAAGAAUAUAGUAAGAAAAAAAAUAAUUGGAUUAUUUUACCUCUUCAUAGUACACUUUCUAUCGCUGAACAAGACAAAGUAUUCGAUUAUGUGCCUGAAGGUGUUAGGAAAUGCAUAGUCGCGACUAACAUUGCGGAAACGUCUAUCACCAUCGAUGGCAUCAGAUUUGUUGCUGAUAGUGGCAAAGUAAAGGAAAUGAGUUAUGAUCCAUCAUGCAAGAUGCAAAGACUUAAAGAAUUCUGGAUAAGUAAAGCCAGUGCGGAGCAGAGAAAAGGCAGAGCAGGCAGAACUGGACCUGGAGUUUGUUACAGAAUUUAUUCAGAGGAAGAAUACAAGAUAUUGGAAAAAUAUUCAACGCCAGAACUACAACGUGUAUCUUUAGAUUCCUCAGCGUUACAAAUGAUAGCAAUGGGCCUACCGGAUGCACGCAAAUUUCCAUUUAUAGAACCACCACCAGCUAAUAGCAUAGAGAACGCCAUACUGUCUUUAAAAGAUCACGGUGCACUUACGGAUAACGAAAAAAUCACGUGUAUCGGUAAAACCUUAGCACGGCUACCUGUUGACAUUACAAUAGGGAAAAUGUUAAUAAUGGGAUCGAUUUUUCACGAAGUAGAGCCGGUAUUAUCAUUGGCUGCUGCUCUAAGCAUACAAACACCGUUUACGAACAGGGCUUACAGGGACACUGAGUGCGAGACAUCUAGAAAAAAAUUGGAAUCUGACCAUGGUGAUCCAAUAACGUUACUAAACGCAUUUAAAGAAUGGUUGGAAGUGAAGCAAGAAAAUUCCCAAGAAUAUAGGAGCAGUGGCAACAGUAGCAGAAAAUGGUGUAGAAGAAGAGGUUUGGAAGAACAACGGUUUUACGAAAUGACGAAAUUAAGAAGUCAAUUUAAAGAAUUACUCCAAGAUUGCAACUUACUCAAAGGUAUCCCAGAACCAAAUUCCUCUAUGACAAGCGCAGAACGUGCAAUAAGACAUGGCGAGUUGAAACUUCUAAAGUCACUCAAAAGAAAUUAUAAGCAAAACGAACCCCGAAAACGUAAACAAUUAAAAAUAGAUACAUUCGAAAUACAAUUGGAAGAUAACGACGAAGAUAACGGAGAGCUCGACAUAAAGGAUAUAGAAUUCCGAAUGAGAAACGACUCGAAUCAAGUGCAGAAUCUUCUAACGGCCGCGACUGCAUGUAGCUACAAAGAUCUGACAAUGUUAAAGAUAAUAUUAUGUAGCGGCUUGUAUCCACAGUUUGCUUGUGCCGACGAGUUUAAUUACUGCAAGUCUAUGAGCGAGCAAUUAUUUCAUACGAAAGCGAAGCAGUAUGUUCUUUUACAUCCAAUGAGUUUCUUUGGAAAUCAUCCAGAAGUACUGCAAGUCGAAGAAGUGGAUGUGGUAUCGAUAUCAGGUUUUAAAAGCAAAACUCCUGUUAGCCCUAAACAUCAAAUAUUGGCAUAUCUCUCUCUCUUGGAAACUACAAAGCCAUAUUUGGUAAAUACUUUGAGAAUGCCUGCCGCACAAACAUUACUAUUAUUCGCACGCGAAAUAGAUACAAACAGCACAUUUUCUAUAAUAGCAUGUGAUUCAUGGUUGAUGCUAGAAUUCCCAGUUCCUGAUACUGGUCAAACUUUAUUAAUGAAAGCCACUAAAUUAAGGAAUGAGUGGGAUUUCUUAUUAAAUCAUCAAUUGCAAGUAUCUGAUGAAACAAACGAUACAAAACAAGAUUUUAGUAAAAUUGAACAAAGUCUUACUCGAAAACUAAUUGAAUACAUGAAUACUACAAUACCAUAUACGAUAAAAAGACUACUACCAGCUGAUUUAAAAACAAUUUAUGUUGGCAAUAAAAAUAAUAAUAUAAGCAUAGAACCUAAUCCUUUCAAAUCUGAUUUUAAAAGUACACCAAAUGUGGUUAAAGGUGGAAUUUAUGUAACAGAAAAUAUUACGUAUAAUUGUAUGAAGGAAACCGAUUGGAGUGAGAAACUGAUUAUAGAAAUGCAAGAGACUGAAUGGCAUUGUCAAAAUUGUGGUCUCCAAGCAAUACUAUCCAGUUUAGAAAAAAUUCAACAUCAGAAUAUAUGUGUAAUCGCAAAUGAGAUUAGUAAAGACGACAGGGAGAAUAAAAAUGUCGCACAUAAACCUAAUAGUCAAGCGUAUGAAUGUCCUCAAUGUUCGCAGACACUAUAUCUUACACCUAUCGAGAUACUGAAGCAUAAAAAACAACAUAUCAAAGAAAGCUGAUAUAUUUAAAUUAAUUAUAUAAAUAAAUAAGCUUAAAUAUAUAACGUAUGAGAGAAUAUCUUGUUAAUUAUUAAAAUUGUUACAUAUUCGCAGAAUUUUGUAUAUCUGAUACAUACC